AUGGUUACCAAAAAUCAUCUCCGUCACAUUUCAUUGGCUCUGUUUCUUUGCUUGGGAUUCUACGUUUUCCAAGUCACAUCUCGUACUCUUCAAGAUGCUUCCAUGUAUGAGAGGCAUGAACAAUGGAUAGCUCAAUAUGGCAAAGUCUAUAAGAACCCCCAAGAAAGAGAAAAGCGCUUCAAGAUAUUUAAGGAAAAUGUAAAUUACAUUGAGGCUUUCAACAAUGCUGCCAAUAAACCUUACAAGCUAGGCAUUAAUGAAUUUGCAGACCUCACCAAUCAGGAGUUCAUAGCACCAAGAAAUAGAUUUAAGGGGCAUAUGUGCUCCUCAAUCACAAGGACAGCCACUUUUAAGUAUGAAAAUGUGAGUGCUGUACCAUCCGCAAUAGAUUGGAGAAAAAAAGGAGCAGUGACACCCAUCAAGAACCAAGGCCAAUGUGGAUGUUGCUGGGCUUUUUCAGCUGUUGCUGCCACUGAAGGAAUCCAUAAGCUAAGUACUGGAAAUCUGAUCUCUUUAUCAGAACAAGAACUUGUUGAUUGUGACACAAAUGGUGUAGACCAAGGUUGUGAGGGUGGUCUUAUGGAUGAUGGUUUCAAAUUCAUCAUUCAAAAUCAUGGACUCAACACUGAAGCCAAGUACCCCUAUCAGGGUGUUGAUGGAACAUGCAAUGCAAAUGAAGCAGUCAACCAUGCUGCUACAAUUACUGGGUACGAGGAUGUCCCAGCUAACAAUGAGAAGGCACUGCAAAAAGCUGUGGCUAAUCAAGCAGUGUCUGUAGCCAUUGAUGCCAGUGGUUCUGACUUCCAAUUUUACAAAAGUGGUGUUUUCACCGGUUCAUGUGGAACUGAUUUGGAUCAUGGUGUCACUGCAGUGGGUUAUGGUGUUAGUGAUGAUGGAACUGAGUAUUGGUUAGUUAAGAACUCUUGGGGAACUACGUGGGGUGAAGAAGGGUACAUUAGGAUGCAAAGGGAUGUGGAUGCUGCGGAAGGACUGUGUGGCAUUGCAAUGCAAGCAUCUUACCCUACUGCUUAG